UACUUGAGUAAAGUCACUAAAUAUGAAGUGAAAAUGGCGAAACUAGCGCCACAUCAGGAAAGAGACAUUGAACAUCCUGAAGCAACUGAUUUGUACGUUUAUGGAGUUAAUCACGAAACAAAUAAGAUCGUUGAAACCGAAGACCUCCUAAAAGCUUUUAGCGAUAAUUCCCAAGCAAUUAAUGCCUACUUGGACAACUUCAAAAUUCGACGGAUUCAGGAAGUUUCUGUGCAAGAGAAAAUUAGCCAAAUGGGAACAACAGAAAUAGCUAUCAUAGCUCUUAGUAGCGUGAUUUUCCUUGGGCGCCGUCCUGGGAAUAGCCCUUCUGUGCUCUUCCUGUCGGAAACGGAAACUGAGGAAACGUCAAACUUCGUGGGAACAACAAAGGAUGUACAAUACAAAAAAUCCCUUAAUGGGGAAGGCUCUAGGAAAUCCUUACGGUAGUCGUACUCCUACCGUUACUGAAGCUCAUCUGAACACUUCUUACGCUAAUGGUGAUGC